GUGGCAAAUAAAAGUCAAGAAUCUGUUUAACGAGCGACAACAUCAACAAUUUAUUUAAUAAGGUAAUAUUCUGAAAUAUAUUAUGAAGAUAAUGUCAAGAACAUUCGUUAAAGCAUUUAUUAUUUUUGUAUUUGCAAUUGGCUGCAUAACUAUCUUGAACAGACACAAACAAAACAAACAAAUGGUCACGGAGAAUACCAAAAUCAGUCUUACAGAGACUGACGAUACAGUAUCAGACUUUAAAGAGAUCAAUUUGGAGACAUCGUUUCAAAGUAAUCAACUUCACUUGGUGACAAAUUACCCCAUAAUCUUUCUACCACCAUGGUCGCGGAAUCAAAGUGAGAAUAAUCUAAGUCGCUUAAAGGAAAGACAGGAAGAAAUCGAAGAAACCCUUCAAAGAAAUUUGAAUCACCCUUUCGUCAAGAAUGUACACGUUUUUGUCAAUCAAGGAUCCGCUGAAAAGCGCUUAAACCACUUAGGGGUAAGAAAUAAGCACAAGCUCGUUAUUUGUUAUUACGAAGGAAUGCCAUCAUAUAGACAUUUCUUAAAGUAUGUGAGCCAAAGACUGCAAAAUAAAGUAAUUGCUAUAACAAAUAUGGAUGUCUAUCUUGGCGAAGGAUUUGAAAAACUAAAUGUAACUUUUCUAACAAAGCAUAACAUUGCUUAUGUUUUAACGCGCUCAGGUAAAAAAGAGAAAAGAUGCAAUAUGAGUCAUGGAGCAGUCUGUGAAAGAAGAUACUUUGGAUCUCAUGAUACGUACAUCAUGAAUUUAACAGAGGCUAUUAGCGACGAAGUCUUAGAGAUAAUGAAAAUGGACAUGAACAUUGAUGGAAUUGAUAACAGACUUCUUUGGGUUCUUAAGAACAAAAUGAAUAAGAAACUUUUGAACCCUUGUCAUUUCUUAAAAACGUAUCACAACCACUGCGUAGCUAUUCAUGGAAGUAAAAGGUAUACAAAACUGCCUAAAGAGGGCAAGUAUCUUAAAUGUCGCCCAUCUGGACUAUACACAUAACCGAAGUUCUAUUUAUUAGGAAGGCUCCUUAGAGUUCACCAAAAAUUCUGAUGUUUUAGAUAGCCUUCACUUACAGUAUUGUUUACACGAAACAUACUCAAUAUUUGGAAAACUGUUUGCGUUGUUAUGGCAACCACGACUCAUUUUCUUUUACAUUUUUAUUGUAUAGUUUUGCGAAAAUCAACCGUAUCUUUUUUCAGUUUUGUAAAUUUUCCUAAUUAUUUUUGUGUGACGAAUAUUCACCAUAUAACAAGGCAAGCCUCUAUGGCAUUAUCUACAGCUUAA